CUUAGGCCUCGCCCACUGGCUAAAAAGUAGCCCAAGUAUCUGUAGGUUCCGCGACUCUGCAACCCGCAGCGGCCGUCAUGGAGACCAAAGCCCCCGACGAGCAGGAAGCGGCCGAGGUGCUGCCCCAGCACCAGUUCGACUACAGAUCCCUGGAGGCUUAUCUCAACCAGCACUUGCCAGGCUUUGGGGCCGAUCCCGGAGCCAAGCUGACCGUUGCCCAGUACAGAUUAGGACAGUCCAAUCCAACCUUUUAUCUCCAGAAGGGCUUUCAAGGAUAUGUACUCAGAAAAAAACCACCUGGUUCACUUCUUCCCAAAGCACAUAAGAUUGAUAGAGAAUUUAAAGUUCAGAAAGCUUUGUUUUCCAUUGGAUUCCCAGUUCCCAAGCCUCUACUGUACUGCAGCAAUGCUUCUGUCAUUGGAACAGAAUUUUACAUAAUGGAACAUGUGCAGGGUCGAAUUUUUCGUGAUUUCACAAUUCCUGGAGUUAGCCCAGCAGAACGCUCAGCCAUGUAUGUGGCCAUGGUAGAAACCUUGGCUCAGUUACAUUCUUUGAAUGUAAAUGCAUUGCAGCUGGAAGGAUAUGGUAUAGGUGCUGGGUUCUGCAAAAGACAGGUAUCAACCUGGACAAAGCAAUAUCAAGCUGCAGCCCACCAAGACAUCCCUGCCAUGAACCAGCUCUCUGACUGGCUAAUGAAAAACUUGCCAGAUAAUGAUAAUGAAGAAAAAUUGAUUCAUGGAGAUUUCAAACUAGAUAACAUAAUUUUCCACCCUACAGAGUCUCGAGUUAUAGCUGUACUGGAUUGGGAGCUUUCAACCAUUGGUCAUCCUUUGUCAGACUUAGCUCAUUUCUCCUUGUUCUACUUUUGGCCAAGGACAGUUCCACUGAUAAAUCAAGGCUCUUAUUUUCAAGAAAAUAUAGGGAUACCAUCACUGGAAGAAUUAAUUUCAAUAUAUUGCCGCUGCAGGGGGAUUGAUUAUAUUCUUCCUAACUGGAAUUUUUUUGUUGCCCUUGCAUAUUUUAAACUAGCUGGAAUAUUGCAGGGAGUAUAUAGCAGAUAUCUUCUGGGGAAUAACGUAUCUGAGAAUAGCUUUCAGUUUGCCAAUGUUGUGCAACCUCUGGCAGAAACUGGAUUACAACUCUCAAAAAGAACUUUCAGAACUACACUAUCACAGAUUGAUACUACCCGAGAGUUGUUUGUACAGACCAGGAGAGGCCAGGAAGUUCUUACUAGAGUGAAGCGUUUCAUGAAACAGCACAUCCUUCCAGCGGAAAAGGAGGUAAUUGAGUUCUAUGUUCAAAAUGAAAAUUCAUUAGACAAGUGGAAAAAACCUUCAGUGAUUGAUAAACUCAAGGAAAUGGCCAAAGCAGAGGGCCUCUGGAACUUGUUUCUGCCAGCUGCAAGUGGUCUAAGCCAGGUAGACUAUGCCCUGGUUGCUGAAGAAACAGGAAAAUGCUUUUUUGCUCCAGAAGUCUUUAACUGCCAAGCACCAGACACAGGAAACAUGGAGUUGCUCCACCUGUAUGGAAGUGAAAAGCAGAAGCAGCAGUGGCUUGAGCCUCUUCUUCAAGGGAGCAUUGCCUCCUGCUUCUGUAUGACAGAGCCGGAUGUAGCAUCCAGUGAUGCCACAAAUAUUGACUGCAGCAUCCAAAAAGAUGGAGAUAGCUAUGUGGUUAACGGCAAGAAAUGGUGGAGCAGUGGAGCUGGGAAUCCAAAGUGCAAAAUUGCGAUUGUUUUGGGAAGAACUAAAAAUACCUCGGCAGCCAGACACAAACAACACAGCAUGAUUCUUGUUCCUAUUAACACACCUGGAGUAGAAAUCAUAAGACCUUUGUCAGUUUUUGGCUACAUGGAUCAUUUACAUGGAGGACAUUUUGAGAUCCAUUUUAAUCAAGUGCGAGUUCCUGCCACCAAUUUAAUACUAGGUGAAGGAAGGGGAUUUGAAAUUGCCCAAGGCCGCCUUGGACCUGGCAGAAUCCACCACUGUAUGAGAACAGUAGGUUUGGCAGAACGCGCUUUGCAGAUCAUGUGUGAACGGGCAGCACAGAGGGUGGCCUUUAAGAAGAAACUGUACUCACAUCCUGCUUUGUGGCACAUGCCUAGGAAUAUUCGUGGGGACCCUUCAGUCCACAGCGAGGGCAAGGGUUCAGCUGUUGGAUGGGCACUGUGGGAGGAGGAGGUUGUGGCUCACUGGAUUGCCGAAAGCCGCAUUGCCAUCGAAGAGAUCCGCUUGCUGACCCUGAAAGCCGCCCACAACAUCGACACUCUGGGCAGCGCUGGUGCGAAGAAGGAGAUUGCAAUGAUUAAAGUGGCUGCCCCUCGGGCAGCCUGCAAAGUUAUUGACCGGGCCAUCCAAGUGUGUGGAGGCGCAGGUGUUUCCCAGGAUUACCCUCUGGCUAACAUGUACGCCCUCACGCGGACUCUGCGCAUAGCAGAUGGACCUGACGAAGUCCACCUCUCGGCAGUCGCAAAAUUGGAGCUUAUGGACCAAGCCCGAAGCUUGAGGGCCAAGGUCUAAGGGGGCGACACCCUCUCACCUUCCAACAGAUCGCAUGGGCUCCAGAACUUGGACCUCAUUCUGUUUUUGUAACAGUUUGAGCUCAGGAUUAACUACUCACUUUUGGUAAAGAUGUGAGGAUGUAUUUUGAUCAGUGGGUUUUUAUCAUUUUAAGGGUCACAUAGUUUUAAUUAAGUUAAUUAAGAAAUUCAAUAGCAAUUCUACAGCUGUUGUUAUUUAGUCUAAAACCUGUUAGGUAUUUACUUUUUAAACACUCAACUAGUAAAGAGCUAAUGAAGUGAACUGGAGAGCUAAAGUACAGGCAUAAUAAUAUUUUUACUUUUUGGUUCUCAUGAAUUGUUCCACUUAAAGAAAUAGUCACAGAAUAUUUCCUCAUUGCCUUGUAAAACUAUAGGGGUUGGUUUACACUGUGUGGUCAUGUUUGCUUUGGAGAAAGUGCAUGACUGAUGGGUCACUUUAGAAUUCAUAUCAUUUAUAAGCUUCAUAAUUCGAUAGGAAGCAUUUAUAUGUAAAAUCUGAAUGCAGUUAAAAUUUACUAGAAAAUAUGUCACAUACUGAGAAAGUAUAAUUAGGAACAAUUUAAUUAUUUAUGUUGACCUGAUAGAUAGUUUAAAGUACAAGAAAGUUACUUAAUUUUGAGAUGAGGUUAAAGAUCGUCUACUCUGGAUUCGAUCCUGUUAGGAGCAGCCCUCCUGGUGGCCUCAGGGGACUGGGGCACCUGGGUGUGGUUAGUGCAGCUGAGGCAGCGACUGUUUUAUUCUCUUAAAGUUUCAUCUGAAUCGGUUUUCAACUUAGCUACUGGAAAACGUUUUAUGCUUGGAAUAACUUGGCUAUGUGAACUGGCUUUUUCAAAUGUACAUUUCAUGAAAUCUAAAUACAGAGCAAGUAUUUCCAAUGAAAAUUUAGCAUCUGAAUUAAGAAAUAGACUAAGUGUAAAAUACACACC